AUGGCUGACAGUAUCAUGCCGUUGGAUCGCUCUCCCAGUGUACUAGGUUGCCUUGUAUCAAGAGUCACAAAGUACUCUCAACCUUCGAAAAACGUCUUUGAUGGUAAGACCCAAGCUGGUGUUUCGUCAGUAUACAAGGGUUGA